AUGGCUAAGUAUUCAAAGAAUGUGCUUGUUUUUUGCAUUGGAAUGCUUCUUGUAAGUUUAUGGUGCAUGAAAGUGAAUGGUCACGAACAUGGACAUGCACAUGCACAUGGAAAAGGGUCACAUGGACAUCAAGAUAUACCUGUUGGAUGUAACAGCAAAAAUUCAGAUGCAGGUGAACAAUGCACAGAUGAAGAUGAUCAUCUUGGAUUGUAUGCUGAUAUAGAUGAUACUUUUAAGAAAAUAGUUGGUAGGAAAGGAGAGAAACAUGAAAUUCCUUUUUCAGCUGAUGAUGAUUCUCCUAAUGUUGCACACAAUAAUGUUGAUGUUUUGGGACAUUGA